AUGAGCUGGCGACUGCUCAGCUCAGCGACCAGGAGGUCCUGCCUUUCAUGCUGCAGUGAAGCUGGGGCUUGGACGGGGCGGCCCGUCCAACAAGGUGGCGGCGUGCGCGCAUACUGCGCCGCGGAGUCGGAGACUCGGCCCGGGAGCGAUGUGACAGUCACCGACGAUGGCGUGGUCAGAAAGAAGUUGCUGGGCAGGUUGUUGUAUCGAAGCAAACAGAGGGGACUUCUGGAGCUGGACAUAAUGAUGGGAAGAUGGGUGGAGAGCCAGCUGGAACAGAUGGAGUCUGAGAAACUGCAUUUGCUGUCAGCCCUAGUGGAAGAGGUUGGUGAAAAGUAG